AUGGGCCGCACAGGCAACCUCACAGCCAACCUCACAGUCAACGCCACAUCCAGUUUUGACAAUGACGAGUUGUUCAUUACAUUCUUCCCUAUAGCGGUGGUCGUCCCCAUCGUGGGCUUUCCCACCAACAUCUACGUCCUGUGGACCCUCUUCCGAAAGCCUAGCCUGUGCUCAACUUCUGACAUCUUUACUAUAAACCUGGCCUUGCUGGACGCUCUGUGCUGCUUGUUGCAGCCCAUUGAGGUCAUCGAUGCUAUUUACUCCUCGCUGAAUGAGGUGGUGUUACGCUCUGUGCUUCUGAACCAGUUUGCAGGACCCCUUUUCCAGACAUGCACAUGCGUGGACUGUUAUAUAGGAGUCAUCCACCCUAUCGUGUUCCUCAAAUUCAAGAUGCCGAAAUUUCGCCUGUCACUCUGCGCGUUCAUCUGGACAGCAAUGGUCUGCCUUUCCUUGUGUAUCUACUAUAUGGGCGAUGACACCAGAGGGCUUGAAUGCAUGGCAGGAUGUCUGAUUGGCGAGCUAGGCAUCAUGCUCUUCUGCAACGUCCAGGUUCUCCGGGUUUUGAAGCAACGUGGACCAGGCAGUAGGCAGAUCCACCCAGCCAAGCUUAGGGCCAUCCAAACCGUGCUGACCUUACUGAUCAUGGUGAUGAUCCACUACAUCACAUCUACAGUGAACUUCUUGAUGAUCUCCUACAAACAGGUGCCGAGAAUAUCGCUCUUCACCAUCAUAUCCUUCAUGAUAGCUUGCAUAAGCAGCUGUAACCACCCCUUCUUCUACCUUCUCAGGGCCAGGAAAAUAUACUGCUUCUUCGGCCAAAAAAGCCAGGCAAAAGCUAAAAAGCCCAAAGCAGGCAGUGCUGUGGCAACAGUUCAGUCAUAA